AUGGGCAUGAACGCCUACUUCGCCUACACCAUCGUGGGCUUCAAGGGAACGCAGACUGCCGUGAAAAAAGUGAUGAUGGCUGUCACGAUUGAGGGCGUGAUCUUUAUCAUCAUGUCUGCCCUUGACCUCCGGCGCUACGUCUUCAAGGUCUUCCCCACAUGGAUGAUGAAGGCCACCAUGGCGGGCAUCGGCUUGUUCUUGGCCCACAUCGGACUGCAAGCAGGCAACGGCAUCGACAUCGUCAGGGACCACCCGGCAGUGCUUGUGGACCUUGUGACCCUGACUGGCGAGCACUUUGCGCGCACCUGGAUUGGAAUCGCGUUCUUCUGCGUCAUGGCCCUGUUGAUUCUUCUGCGCGUGAAGGGUGCCGUGAUGAUUGCCAUCAUCCUCAGCGCAGUCCUCUGCUGGAUCUUGGAUGCAGCAGCGGUGGAGCAGUUCUCGUACAAGCCCAUGUGCUGCCUUGGCAGCGUUUCGUAUCCGGAGCCGGCUGCAGGAGGCGUGGAGUGGUAUCCCAAGCCCGGAGGCGGCUACUACCCAAAACCUACGUGCAACAACCCCUUCACUGUGCCCGGAGAAGGGAAGUUGACGGUGACGGAUAAUGUCCGCACUUACACCUUCGAGUCCACUGCCUCUGUGUCCCACACCGGCGGGGUCUUUACCAUCACGAACGGCGGCACUAGCCAGACCCACAGCGGCAGCCUCUACUGGCAGGGCAUUGCAGAAGGCCGCGACUCUACCUUCAAGGGUGGCUGCCAAGACUCAUGCAUGCACAUGCUGGGCGGCUUCGACCCAAUGUGCUUCGGGGCCGUGCUCGUGGAGACGGGCUUGAGGCUUGGAGCCAUAACAGCCUUUGCCAGGACUGGCAUGUCCUACCAGGACCGCGCCACCGAGAGCCUGCUGGUCGAUGGAUUUGGAGAGGGUUGCCUGGGCGGGGCUGGUCGCAUUCCGACCCUUGGCUGUGUGUACAGAUAG